GUUUUUUUUUGUUUGUUUGUUUGUUGUUGUUGUUGUUAUAGAAUAUAAUGGCCAUAUAUAAAGUAAACGAAACAUCAUCGCAAUCGAAACCACGCAAUAAUGUUGACGACACGUUGAAUGUUAUUAAGGAACCUGCGUUUAUGAAUAAUUUUUUAAAGGUUGGUGCAGUGAAUAUUAAUAUUGUAUUUACCUAUGAAAGCUGUGUGGUUGAGUUAACAUGAUAUAGGUGUGCUUGCAAUGUUAAUAACACGCUUCCGUUAGAUGGGGGCGCAUACAAUAGACAUAUGACCCACAUCUGUCCCAUUAUUGUUUAUAAAAGCUGCUAGAAACGACAGAUUAUGCACAUCGUCCUUGACAUUGUACAAUCCUCGUAUUACCUUGUUUAUUCUUUUCGAACAUUCUGAAAAUGCGUCGUUAGGUUACGUCGCCCUCGUUGGGUCGUACAUGACUUUCGCACACAUGACGAUGUCUCCCACUACCGAUGAACAUGGUGACGCUUCCAAACCUCACAACACGCAACUAUCCAUCGAAAACGUCAACGAGAAAGCAACCACGUUGGAUACCUUGCCUCCCGAGGACCCCUGGGCAUUACCUGAACUGAAAGAUACCGGAACUCCUUGGAAAGAACUGAGUACAAAGGGGAAGAUAUUGCGUGCAGUGUGGACUUCUACCCGGAUAUUGCUAAUCCUAGCAAGUCUGUACUUUUUCAUUUGUUCUUUGGACUUCUUAAGCUCAGCCUUCAGACUUCUGGGAGGAAAGACAGCAGGUAAAGUAUUCCAAAACAGCGAGCUUCUACAAAACCCGAUAUGUGGAGUAAUGAUAGGAGUGUUGACCACAGUUCUGGUUCAAAGUUCCUCUACAACCACGUCCAUCGUCGUCAGCAUGGUGGCAGCCGACAUUCUGACAGUGAAGUUGUCCAUCCCGAUUGUAAUGGGUGCCAAUAUCGGAACAUCAGUGACAAACACGAUUGUAUCGCUAGGGGAGAUCACCCAUCGUAAUGACUUCCGGCGAGCAUUCGCUGGAGCCACUGUGCAUGAUAUGUUUAAUUGGCUUUCUGUCAUAGUCUUGCUUCCAUUGGAAGUUGCAACAGGUUAUUUAUAUCAUCUGUCUGGGGCUGUAAUAGAAAGCAUGCAACUUGAAACGUACGAAGAUGCCAAUAAAGACUUGCUAAAGGCGGCGACGAAACCCUUCACCAAGUUAAUCAUUGAAGUAGAUUCUAAGAAGAUAAACAUGAUAGCUAAAGGAGAUGGGAAGGAAGACUACAGAUUGCUGAAAACGUGCUGUCGGUCCAAAUCCAUACCCGCUACCAAUGAAACUGGAUACAAUUUUACACAGUCCAUAUGUCUUAAAAAUUGUUCCCAUUUGUUCGUGGAUUCCCCAUUGUCCGAUUCUGAGAUAGGGAUCAUCAUGCUCGUUGUCUCUCUCGCACUUCUCUGUCUAUGCUUGUUUGGAAUUGUCAAGUUACUAAACUCUCUACUACAUGGAAACAUUCGUAGAAUUAUCAAAAAGUUUGUGAAUUAUGAUUUCCCUGGAAAAGCGGCAUAUUUCACGGGAUACAUAGCCAUUGUGAUCGGGAUGGGCUUUACUAUAUUGGUCCAAUCUAGUUCUAUUUUCACCUCCACUUUGACCCCUUUGGUGGGGGUGGGGGUCGUCAGUAUUGAUCGAAUGUAUCCUUUGAGUCUUGGAUCUAACAUUGGAACCACAACCACGGGAAUCCUAGCGGCUCUUGCGACGGAUACACGAGAUGGAACGCUUCGACUACAAAAUUCUCUCCGUGUUGCGAUGUGCCAUCUGUUCUUCAACCUUACAGCCAUUUGUAUUUGGUAUCCCAUUCCAUUUAUGAGAUUUCCAAUCCGCCUAGCCAAAUUUCUCGGCAGCACCACAUCAAAGUAUCGGUGGUUUGCCCUGUUUUAUUUAGGAGUAACGUUCUUCUUCCUCCCGCUGGCUGUGUUUGGGCUGUCGCAAGGGGGAUGGGAAGUUCUUGCCGGAGUUGGCAUACCCAUCAUCUGUUUGAUUCUAGUCAUCGGUGUAGUGAACCUGCUUCAGAGAGAAAGACCCAAAUGGUUACCUAAAAAGAUUCAGAACUGGAAGUUUUUGCCUCUUUAUUUUCGUUCACUAGAUCCCCUGGACAGACUGUUUAACCACAUGUGUGGAUUCUGUAAAAUGUGUCACCACCACCACCACCACCAUCAUCAUCAUCACAAUCAGCCAUCAUCAUGAUAAAACGAGCGCAUGACCAUAAAAACCGAAAGCUAUAAGAUGUAUCAAUGUUAUCGUCCACUUGGAUGCAUGGUUCAAUGUACCGCGCACCUGUUUUUAAUGAUUAAAUGUACCGUACACCUAGCUGUAUCUUUUAUCUAAUUUAUUGUACAUAUUUAUUUCAUAGUUAAAUAAACUGUACACCAAGCUGUAGUUUUUAUUUAAUUUAUUGUACAUAUGUAUUUCAUAGUUAAAUAAACCGUACACCUAGCUGUAUCUUUUAUCUAAUUUAUUGUACAUAUGUAUUUCAUAGUUAAAUAAACCGUACACCAAGCUGUA